ACUUCCCCAUGCCUUACCUUUGGCACAAUCAGCGUGCUGCCCCUCUCUUUUCCUAUAGCUUCAAGUUCUGCUCUAAGGCAGGCAGCCACUGAAACUGACACCCACAGGGUUAAACCUAUUUGCUGUAGCCAUCCCUCCUCCCCCUAGUCCCCCUUUUCACUGUAGGCUGGCAGCAGUCCUAGCUGCCUACUGAAGCCAAAUGCUUGAGGAGAGAGAGAGUAAGGAGCCAGCCAUGAAUCCUUUCCAGAAAAAUGAGUCCAAGGAAACGCUCUUUUCACCUGUCUCUACUGAAGAGAUGCUGCCUGGACCUCCAAGCCCUCCAAAGAAGUCAACUCCGAAGCUCUUCGGCUCUAGCUACCCACUCAGCAUCGCCUUCAUUGUGGUGAACGAAUUCUGCGAGCGAUUUUCCUAUUAUGGCAUGAAAGCUGUGCUGACCUUGUAUUUCUUGUACUUCCUGCACUGGAAUGAAGACACGUCUACAUCUGUCUACCAUGCCUUCAGCAGCCUCUGCUAUUUCACCCCCAUCUUGGGAGCAGCGAUUGCUGACUCCUGGCUGGGAAAAUUCAAGACAAUCAUCUAUCUGUCCCUGGUGUAUGUUCUUGGCCAUGUAUUCAAGUCUUUGGGUGCCAUACCAAUACUGGGAGGAAAAAUGCUACAUACGAUCUUAUCAUUGGUUGGCCUGAGUCUCAUAGCUCUGGGAACAGGAGGUAUCAAACCCUGUGUGGCAGCUUUUGGCGGAGACCAGUUUGAAGAGGAACAUGCAGAGGCACGGACUAGAUACUUCUCGGUCUUCUACCUCUCCAUCAAUGCAGGGAGCUUGAUUUCUACAUUCAUCACACCCAUGCUAAGAGGGGAUGUGAAGUGUUUUGGCGAAGACUGCUAUGCAUUGGCUUUUGGAAUUCCAGGAUUGCUCAUGGUGCUGGCACUUGUUGUGUUUGCAAUGGGAAGCAAGAUGUACAGAAAACCGCCUCCUGAAGGGAACAUCGUGGCUCAAGUUACCAAAUGCAUAUGGUUUGCUAUCUGCAACCGCUUCAGGAACCGUUCUGAGGACAUUCCAAAGCGACAACAUUGGCUAGACUGGGCAGCAGAAAAAUACCCAAAGCAUCUCAUUUUGGACGUGAAGGCACUGACCAGGAUACUGUUCCUUUAUAUCCCACUGCCCAUGUUCUGGGCUCUUUUGGACCAACAGGGCUCUCGGUGGACUCUGCAAGCUAACAAAAUGAAUGGCGAUUUGGGAUUUUUUGUACUUCAGCCGGAUCAGAUGCAGGUGCUAAAUCCCUUUCUGGUCCUUGUCUUCAUCCCAUUGUUUGACCUUGUCAUUUAUCGGCUGAUCUCCAAGUGCGGAGUUAACUUCUCGUCACUCAGGAAAAUGGCUGUUGGUAUGAUCCUAGCGUGCUUGGCAUUUGCAGUUGCAGCGCUUGUAGAGAUAAAAAUAAAUGGAAUGAUCCAUCCUCAGCCAGCUUCCCAAGAGAUUUUCCUUCAAGUCCUGAACUUGGCAGAUGGUGAAAUAGAGGUGACAGUGCGGGGAAACAGAAAUAAUCCUCUCUUGGUGGAGUCCAUCAGCUCUUUUCAGAACACAACACACUAUUCGAAACUACACCUGGAGACAAAGAGCCAAGACUUACAUUUUCAUCUGAAAUACAACAACUCGUCUGUCCACAAUGAGUACUCUGUAGAGGAGAAGAACUGUUACCAGUUGGUGGUUCAUGAGGACGGAGAAAGUAUCUCCAGUAUGCUGGUAAAGGAUACAGGAAUCAAACCAGCCAAUGGGAUGACAGCCAUCAGGUUUAUUAACACUUUGCAUAAAGACAUGAAUAUCUCCUUGGAUGCCGAUGCUCCUCUCAGCGUGGGCAAAGACUACGGAGUGUCUGAGUACAGAACUGUGCUAAGAGGAAAGUAUCCUGCAGUGCAUUGUGAAACCGAAGACAAUGUCUUUUCUCUCAAUUUAGGUCAACUAGACUUUGGUACAACAUAUUUGUUUGUGAUCACUAAUAUCACCAACCGGGGUCUUCAGGCCUGGAAGGCAGAAGACAUUCCAGCCAAUAAGCUAUCCAUUGCAUGGCAGCUACCACAGUAUGUCCUGGUUACAGCAGCAGAGGUCAUGUUUUCUGUCACAGGACUUGAAUUUUCUUAUUCUCAGGCACCAUCUAGCAUGAAAUCUGUGCUCCAGGCAGCCUGGCUGUUGACCGUUGCAGUUGGGAAUAUCAUUGUGCUGGUCGUGGCACAGUUCAGUGGCCUGGUGCAGUGGGCUGAAUUCGUUUUGUUUUCCUGCCUCCUGCUGGUGGUCUGCCUGAUCUUCUCCGUCAUGGGCUACUACUAUGUUCCUCUAAAGUCAGAGGGUAUCCAUGAGGCAACAGAUAAGCCGACUCCUCACAUCCAGGGGAAUAUGAUCAACCUAGAAACCAAGAAUACAAGGCUCUGAUGACUCACUGGAUGGAGACUGACCCCUGGCUCUGAUAUCAGCCAUCGCUUAUCUUCAAGCAACAAAUUUUUUUUCCUCUGACUAGGUUAGGAGGAGGAGACAGCAUUUAUCUGAGUGGAUUGCCUCCAUUUUCUACCACAAUAGAGGCAAUUUUAGGACAAGGUUUUCAGGUAUAUUUUUAAACAAGGAUCCAAGACUCCAUGUCCUACAGGCUAUUGAUAAACUCAGUAAAUAUUAGGCAAUGUCUCUCAAGCUGGCCCAGUAUCUCCAAAUGCCCAUGAAAGUACAAAUGUGUAGUAGAGAUAAGUCUCAUAGCAUGCUAAGUUUGGGGGAUUCCUUUAUCAGGUAUUUGGAACCUAUAGCUCUACUUGUUGGUAUAUUGGUUUAGGGCCAAAAUGACAGAAUACUGGUCUUUCAAUUUUCUUUAUCAGUAAUAUAACUUUGCUAUUCAUGAGGAUGUCAAAAAUGUUACAUACAGUAUGACCUAAUCCAGAGGCUAGCUUGUCAGCUAGAAAGUUUAAUAUGAUUUUAGAUGGCAGACUAUAGAAUUUUAUGUACACAUGGAAAAUACCUCUUUCUGAUUACCACACUGGUUUAUCUACUUAUCCAAAAACCCUUUCUCGGUACUGACAGAUCCUGGAAACCACAAUUAAAAGACAGUAAGGAAAAUCAUGGGGACACAGGAAUGCAUAUAAACUAUUCAUUCUCUUGUACUGCACGCCCCUCUAAAGAACUCUCUUGUUCCCGGCCUGGGCUGUGCUCCUCUGUGAACAUCUGUCUAUGAAACUAACUAUAGCUUUGCAACCCAGCCUUUUCAGUGUUGCUGGGACAGCUUGAUAUUAUUAUUACAUCUUACUUUGCUUAUUACAGCAAAUCUUCAGUAACAAAAUGUUUUUCUAACCCAACUUCCUUUAAUUUUUUUUUCUAUUUAGCUUCUUUGUUGUGUAUUUUUAUUUUUCCCAUAAUUUUUGUUUAAAUUUCUCCCUUUGGUCUUAGAAAUAUGCCCUGCUUAUCGAAAAGGGAUAAUACUAACAUCCUUGGUUUAAAGGUCUAAAUUGUACUAUUCAACAAAUGGACAAGGACCUGCAUGAGAAACUUAUUAAAAUCUGUGGGAGUGGGUGGAGCAGGUGGAGUUUUUGUUUGUGUGUGUGUGAAAAAAAAAGGGGGGGGAGUUGAGAAACAUUAUCUCACAUGUAAUGUGUGGGUCAGGGAACGAGCUUGGGAAUAUUAGGACUAUGUCAUGUGAUCCUAGGAGAAAACAUUCACGGCCCCUCUAUGAAAGACCUCAUUUCUGUUCCUUUUACUACACGGUUCCCGUCAAUAGCCAUGUUGGAUCGCACAUUGUUAAUAAUGUAAUAUGUUCUUAAGAUAAUUUGCUCCAGUCCCUCAAGCUUUAAAUACUUCAGUAUUCAACUACUAAGAUUUU